UUAUUUAAAACAUUGAAAACACCAAAUAUUUAAUUAUUUAACUUUUGUGGGUACGGCUGGUGCAAAAUUGGGCGUGAAAUCAAAAAAUCAAUUGCAAGUUCUCUGCUUGGCCGAUUUCAAUUUUAUUCUCUGUCUCAGCGUAUUAUUUGUGUGGUGAAGUGGGCAGGCAAAAUUGUGUGCAAAAACAGCAGAAACAGCAAUCGAAGAGAAUAGAAAGCGAAAAUAGCUACGGGAAAAGAAAACUAAAUGAGAACAAAAAUUAAGUCAUUCAAGCCACAGCCACGGAAAAACAGACGGCAACGACAACGACAACGUCGUCUACGUCUGCGACAGUCGCAGUCGUCGGUCGCUGAGAAGGAGAAGUUGAUGAAAAUGAGCAGAGAUGAAAAACUAGUGCAGAAUUAUAAAUAAAUAAAUAAAACCAAAUAUCAGUGGCGGCGCAGAUACACAUAUAUGCGUUUAUUAUCGUAUUACUACAAUCACAAUCAAGCUGCACACACAAUAAGAACAUCAAGUGAAAAUCAAAUUUUCCAAAUAAAAGCCUCAACUGGGUGGCAAUAGCAAAAGCAGAAGCAGUUCCGAGUGGAUACACGUUUGUGUGUGCGUGUGUGUGUGAGUGAGUGUGUGUGUGUGUGUAUGUGUGUGUGUGCGCCUCUGCCUGCCUAGCUGUGUGUGAACGUGAACGCGUUUCAUCAACGUCGUUUGGGCUGUCGCUGUUUUUCUGUCACUGGUCGGUGUCGGGCGUUCGUUCGAAAGAGGGAAAAAAAAGUGCCGAGUGUGUCUUUGUGUGGAAUUCUUGAUAAUUCCAACAUACGUUACCAUGGAAUAUUACCUAGGAGGAUACAUUUAUAUGAACGGAGAUGGAGUCAAAAUCCAGCCGUCUGUUUACACGAAUGUUCCUGUCGAAACGGCAAUGUUAGCUACGAACUUGUUCAGCACUACAACUCAAAUAGCAGCCCCAGCAGCGCACAUACCGUUGAUCACAGCAGCUCCUGCACCUCCCUCAGCUCCAGCUGGUGCAGCCCACUCACAGGCUUUGCAAGUGGCUUCGGUCCCGGUACCGCAACAGCCUCCAGCACAGCACCAUCAGCAGCUAAUAUCGCAUACACACGCCGCCGCCCACACUCACACCCACGUGGCAGUUGCGGCCGCAGCAGCAGCUCAUCAGCAACAACAUCAGCAACAACAACAGCAACAACAACAGCAGCAACAACAACAGCAAUCACCACAAACAAUCCAAACCGUGCAAGCGGUAGCGCCUACUUCGAUUCAAACCACCGGAGGUGCUCCAGUUCACCUGCAAACCCAUCCAUUGCAAUACGGACAUCCCCCUCCCCAGCCGCCGCAGGGCAUCGCCACAGCGGGCGCAGCUGUCGCUGGCGAACCUAUUCAGGCCACUGCACUCGAUAAUCCCGAAUACGCCAUCAUGAAUGGAGCCAUAACCCAAGAUGGACAAGUCGUCUGUUACACAACUGAUGCGCUGGUACCUGGUGUUAAUAAUACGAAUUUAGUUGCUAUCGAAUCACAGCAGCCGCACAUUGUUGUUCCUGCUAAUGGGCCGUUGCCGGAUCCGCACGGACUUGUGCACCAGCAGCCGCAGCAGAUACAACAACAGCAAUUGGCAGCUGGUAACAUUAACCACAAUGCGGGCGCAGCUGCUGGCGAUGACCCUGGCAUGCCUUUGGACAAACUCAAACAAAUGUUAGCUACCCAACUAGAGUAUUACUUUUCAAGGGAGAAUCUAGCGAACGAUACUUAUUUGCUGUCGCAAAUGGAUAGCGAUCAAUAUGUACUCAUAUGGACUGUGGCUAAUUUUAAUCUUGUUAAGAAACUUACCAAGGAUAUAAAAUUAAUAACCGAAGUACUACGCGAAUCACCGAACGUGCAGGUAGAUGACGAAGGCCUGCGCGUGCGUCCAAAUCACAAGCGUUGCAUCAUCAUACUUCGCGAGAUACCUGACAACACACCAAUGGAUGACGUCAAGGCUAUAUUCAAUAACGAGAGCUGUCCACGUCCCAUCUCAUGUGAAUUUGCUGGCAAUAUGUCCUGGUAUAUUACUUUUGAAUCGGACGAUGAUGCGCAGAAGGCCUACAAAUAUCUACGGGAGGAGGUUAAGGAGUUUCAAGGCAAACCGAUUAUGGCCAGAAUCAAGCCGAAAUCAUUUCUGAAUAGAAUAGCACCAGUACCAAAUUUGAAAAACGGCUUUCGUCUCACCUCACCACCGACUUCAGGUGUCUAUGAUCCGGCCGCUGCUGCUGCCGUUACAUAUAAUACGGCACAGCGAUUUGUUUAUGCUCCGAAUGGCGCCGUAGCUCCUUCACCCGUCUCAUAUAAUGGCCAAGUGUUGAUUCCAUUUCAGCAACAACAAUUCUAUCCUGGAAUUGUCACGCCCUGGCAGACAACCACUGUGGCAGCUUCAGCGCCACAUGGUCAGAGUUUCUAUGAAAUUGGAGGAAAUAUAUUUGCAACCAAUGGCUUAGCUCCACAGGCUGUGACUGCUAAUUUCACAAACACACCGCCUCCCACCGCACAAACAAUUGCAACGACAAAACCUCAGGGAGGCGGUGGUGGUGGGAGAUACGGCACCCAUCGCAGCAAUCUGAACAAUCUUGGCAGCGUAAACUCUGGACAACGUGAACAGAGGAGCAAGCCGCCACGCAAUACGCAGACGCAGUCUCACCUACAAGGUGGCAAUAUUAUACAAUUGUCCGGAGCCAUACCGAGCGGCAUGGUUAGUGUAGUGCCGGCUACCAUUGUCGAUCCUAUACAACAGUCGCCACUGCAACAGCAGGCGCAGGCUCAUCAAAUUCAGCAGCCAACGAGUACUGGCCACAGCCAGCAUCAGCAAAUGGCCACCUCGAGUACAGCUGGCAACACGCGGCAUUAUGCGUUAAAAGGUAAUUGGAAAGGCGGCAUACCAAAAAAUAUGGAUAAAACCUAUGGCGGAGGAUUGGGUGGUGUGACCACCCAUCAUCACUUCAGCCAACAAGUGCAAACGCUUUCUGGUCAUGCGUCUACAGUCCAGCAACAACAGCAUCAGCAGCAGUCACAAAAUCAAUCACAGCAGCAACACUACCAAUUGCCUUCCUCCAGUGCAUCGUCCACCCCACACACAUCCUAUGCCACCUCACAAGCCACGGCGGCCUUGACUAUGGCGCCACAGCAGUCGCAGCAUCACCAUCUUGUUGUUCACCAUCAGCAGCAACAGCAACAACAACAACAACAAGCUGUGCUUCAGCAACAGCAGCAGCAGGCUGAAAUUCAAGAAUCAGAAACUGUAGAGCUGCAGCAGCACACUUCACAUAUACAGCAUACCUCGCAGCCAAAUCGUAGCAACAUGUCCGCUAGCUCCACAUCGUCACUGGCAACGUCAAUUGGUGUAACAAACAAGGAGCCCCUGCACUGGACUCGACCACACAGACGACGUAGACGUGAGGACGAUGGCAUCAACUACUCGCCGAGUGGUCGUGUUAAUAUCUAUGGCACAUCACCGAAUACACAUCACAAUCAACAGCAAAUGUUGUCCUCAUCGGCAACGACAUCUAGCAAUGUGCCACAACCUAGCGGUGGAGGUGGCGGGCAGCAUCGCGGCGGUGGCGAAGGCGGUCAUCACGGAUCCACCUAUACCACGCACCGUGAGACGGAGCAUCGUGGAGGCUAUAAGGGGAACAACUACAAUCCCCAUUACAAUAGCACACAUCAUGCACAGCACUCGGGAAUGUCGAGUGGUACACACCAUCAUCAUCACAGUGCGCUGUCCUCGUCACAGCACCAUUUAUCGGGUGGCCAGCAGGGCUCCGGAGGCAGUCAUCAUUACCACAAUCAUCAUCAUCAUCAUAACUCUAUUGGUAGCAAUGUUGGUAAUAGCGGUGGAAUUGCUGUCAGUAGCGGUGGCGGUGGCAAUAAUAAUGUCGGCAGUAACGCUUCUGGUGGCGGUGUCAGCAACGAACGUGGCGGUGGGAAUUUGCAUCAUGCCGGCAAUCCCUACCAAGGUCACAGUGCCCAUCAUCAGCAGCAGCAACAACAACAACAGCAGCAACAGCCAGCGGCUCCUGUACAGCCGCCACAAUUUGAUUUAGAGGCAACUGCCUUUCCACCACUGCCAGCGACCUCGGCUUCAGCUUCCUCUGCGGUGGCACCACAUGCUCCUCAUGCCAGCAACGCUGCCAUUCAUAACAAUGCCUCCUCGUCGUCGUCGUUAGGACAUAAACAAAACAAUCAAACUCAGGCACACCAUCAAAUACAAAGUUCCCAUGGUGCUUCCAGUGGCGCACAUGCCGCCAUAAUCGAGACCAGUGCCGCAGGUGGCGGCGGUGUCACAUCUGAAGAUUUGCCUUUGAGCAAUCAUCAACAGGGCGAGGGUGCAGCGGGCUCUCUACAUUUAUCCAACAGUUCCUCUAGUGCGGCUAAUAAUUGGGCCGAGAAUCGCUUGUCGGAUGUGGUGCGCACAGGUGGUGGUGGUGCCAAAAGCAAAUCACGCAAGGAUUCCGCCCACAAUAGAAACCAUCAACAACAACAACAGCAGCAACAGAUUUUGUCACACUAUCAAUCGUCUGCCAUUGAUUUUGUAGCCAACUCUGAGGAUGUGCCGGCGCGCUCUUUAGGAAACAAUACUAAAAAUUUUAAUAAGCAAGGCUUUAGUAACAAUUCGAUCAAUGUGAUAAAGUGUAUAACACCAAAUAUCAACCCCAGCGGUAGUAGCAGCAACAACAAUAAGAUAAACAAUAACAACACGACGGCGACGACACGCGUUGAAAAUGCAUCUGGUGAUGAAGCAGCAGUUGGCGCUACAAUUCUAGAUAAACCAAACAAGACUGAGGAUGACACACAUCCAAUGCAAGGCAAAAAUAACAAUAACCAUCGUUUAGUUGAAAGCGUUGGAUAUGGCCACAACGAUUAUAAUAUUGCCGAGCAACAGCAGCACCAUGUCAAGAGCCAAAGUAACGCAUAUGCCGGCAAUGUGCGUGUGGCCUCUGCUGUCCAGCCUAUCGUUCAUGUUUCGGGCUCUGGCGCUGGCGCCUGUAGCGUGACGACAUUGAUAACAAAUCUGACUGAUUGCAGCUUAAGUCAGCACAAGAAGCCACCAUCUGUGGCUGCACUGCAUGCCAAGAAGGAGGCCUCCUCGAACAAGGAUGGGAGCAAACACAAAAGUGUUGCUACAUCCACAAAUUCGGUUUCGACUGAAAACAUUGCCGCGGCUUCGGCCAGCAAACUGAGCUAUGCCCAGGUAGCUCAGCACCACAAAGCUUCAACCGAUAGCAAGGACGGAUCGACGGGUACUAUGUCACCAACCGCCGGCAAUAAACUAGAGCUUGCCCUCGGUGAUCAAACGGGAGCUGCGACACUCACCGAUAAGUUGAUUGAAAAACCCGGCCUCGGACAAAUUGAUAAGACGCGCAACUUAGCGCCAGCGGCUAAUGCUGCUUCGACUAAAGCUAAUACAUGCCAACAGACAACUAAUGUGACCACAAAUGCCGCUACCUCGAUUAGCUCCGCCAAGGAUAAAGAUACUGCUCAACGGGAUGGACGACAGAAUGCAGCGCUGAUCGCAUCUCCAAGUGGUGGGAAUGCUCGCCACCAGAGCAAGGAAAAGCAUUACAACUCAGCAGAGCACUCUGCAAACAUUAGUGCUAGUAACAGCGGUGGUGGAGGUGGCGGCGGAGGAGGCGGACGCAAGUCCAGAGGCAAUAACUCUUAAAAAGGGGGAGGGACGGCCGCAAUAGUGGAGACAAGUUUUGAGUAAUUUGCAUGAUGCUUUACCUUUGCAUCCAGUGUACAUAAAUUCCAUAUGUAAAUACAUCAACGUUUUUGUUAUAUCUAUAAGCGUAUACAAAUAGAUAUUUAUGUCCACUUAUGAGGCAAAUAGUUGCCGCACUAAUCGGCCCGCAGAGCACACAGAGAGCCGCACGCUGCAACUUGGACCAGUUAUCAUAAUAGUAGGCAAAGGAAUAAUGGUGCAUAAUUUUUAUGAGUAUAUAUGUAUAACCAGCAGUUAAUGCAACACUUAAUCUACGUUUUUACCUAAGCUUGAAGGGUACACAUAGAUUAGCACAACAAUAAGAAAGUAUACAGAACAAUAUGCCUAGAUUAAGUUGCAACACUUGCAUGUAGUUAGCGCCACGAAGCAUCGAAAUGAAUGGAAAGAAACCGGGCAGAUAAUACCUACAUACUUUUCAUUUUUUUUAAUCAUAUGUGCUACUUGAUUACAAGAAAAAUAAUGAUUAUAGUAUCGCUAGUCCUGACAACGCGAAUCUAACGAAAAGUAUAUUUAAACAUCGGCCAGUGCCGGUGUUGGAGUUUUAUAUAAUUUUUUUUUUCACUAUACAUAUAAACGAAACCACAUUAAUAUCAGUUGGUCUUCUUUGAACAUGUCACAGUUUACUUUUGAUAAUCCCCCGGGUCCUUGUACUUAGCUCACGUCAUAAACGGAUCCAUUUCCAAAAAGUCGAUUUGAAAUUCAUGCAGACCAACUGUCUAACAAAUGUUUGUGGACUCACUAUGAAUUAAACAUAUGUAUUACAUACCUACACAUUCUCGACCACCCCCUUCCACAAUCACAAUGCCACAACCACCAACGCCCAUAAACACACACAGCCACAUAUAUACACGCACUUGGGUAUAUGUAUCUUAAUUUUAUAUGUAUACAUUUUAAAAUUGCAUUUUUUCUACAUAAAGGCAAUUUUCUCAGUUUGAUGGUUUCACGUAUUUCAACAAAUAACAAGUUAUGCAUUGCUAAUAACUAAACUUUAUAAAGCGUAGACAGAUCAUAAGACAACUAUCUAAUAUUAUUGAUUUACUUUGUAACCAUGUAUUUCUGUAUAUACUACGAUAUUUCACACACUCAUCAGCACACAAACAUAUAACUACAUACACACUAAACAAAAAGGUGCCAUAAAAGAAAUACUAAACACACACAACACACACCAUUUUAUAAGGCUUAGGACAAAUCAAAUAGGAAUUGUACAUUUUUAAUAAGCUUUUUUCUGGAUUUUGUGAAUGCUCCUUGUCUUUUUGGUUGUCCAACGAAGUACAUACUUAAAUUUGUAUACAUACAAACACAAACUCAAGUCACUGAAGCUCAUAUCAUCAUUACUAUCAAAAAUGUUUAUUUUGCGUGACCUAGAGUUAAUUUUGGUUUUUACUUUUCGUUACGCACAAAUUAAAAUUUUUAUUUUUGCAAACUUGUUUGAUGAUGUAAUUUAAGCUUAAGACAGGAAUCGGCAUUAAAAACAAGAAAUAAUAACAGAUAAACUAAAGGCAUAAGAUAUAUAAAACUAUUGUAAGUGAUAAGAUUAGAUAUGCGUAGAUAUUCACACUUAAUAAUAUACAAAGAAAAAAAACUUGUAAGUUUCAGAACAAACAGGUCCGCCCUUCUUGUUAGAGCAUAAAACCAAAACCCGAAAUUACGGUUACUUACUUCCGAAUUCCAAUCAAUCAAUUAUUAGCAGAGAGACCAAAAUUAAAAUCCUACUCAAGAAGAACGAAAUGAAAAUUGAUCAGUCCUACACAUGCAUGUAAUUUUUAUUUCGAGGACUUUAACAUUUUAGUUUAAACCUAAAAACUCUUUCACAAGACUUCCAACCAAUGAGAAAAUACAAAACAACAUAUAUUUAUAAAUCUGUAAAUAUAUUUUGUUUCUAUGAAAACAAUCGAAUAAGCUAAGUGCCUAUACUAAAUAUAUAUGCUGCAGGUUGUACGGUCGGUCCACUGAGAUGCAUAUAGAGUUCUAUUUCGACAAUUAUGUAUAGGCUAAUACACUAUUUCUUGAACAUUGAUUAGGUCUUGGCCAGUUCUUCCAAUCAGUCCUGCUGAGCGGCCGACUAUCCGAUAGUUUCAAGAAAUAGUGUCGCACAUUGUGUCCUCUCUCAGUGGCCUGCUGCGUACUCCAAAACAAUUUAAUUGUAAGAUUCAUAGCUGUAUUGACACACCUAUUUGACGGGUGCAGUGUUUCCCAACCACUCUCGCAUUUGUAAUCGAAACUCGCAAACGCGAUCAGUGUUGUUGUUGUUUUGUUACUCUGAGAAGGUAACACUGCACUCGUUGCUUACGGCCACUGUACAGUUGUUCUUCGAUAGUGCGGGUGACUUUGACUGCUUUAAAGAGUAAAGAAUGAAUAUAAAAAACAAAUUACCAAGUAGAGCAUGAAUGGCAAUGCAUUGUGUUGUUGGCACGAAUUUCCAGCGUUAAGAUUGCGAUUGUUAACAAUUGGAGUUUUGCUUACCGGGAAGGCUUUAAUCAUUUUCUGGCUUUCUCAGUGUAGGGGGACUCUCCGAUUUGAGCCAAUUUCAAUUACGCAAAAGAAUGAUGUGAUAUUAUUCAAUUGAAAAUUCAAUUGUAUGCGAAAAACAAAAAAUAAAUAAAUAAAAUGGAAAAUUGAUUGCCAACAGUUUGCUUGCAUAGUUCGUAGAGGUAGCGAAAAGAAACAUUGUUGAUGUUAAAUAAUUUUAAGGCGAUGAAAUUGAAUAUGAAUUACAUAAUUAAAUUGUUAUUGUAAAAUUUCAGUUUUUAAGUUAUUUAUUGUAUGUUUAAGCAGCAGAUAUGACACCUUGUUAUAUUACAAACAAUAUUAUGAAGACACGCCCAUAGUUAUGUAUCUGUAUCUUUCAAAAUGUCAGCCAUCCAUUAACACCACCUACACAUGAAAACAAAUUUUGUAUAGUUUGGUUUCCUGUUGUUUUUUUUUUUUUUUCUUUCUUCAAAUGCUUUGUUGCUAAUUAUAGUAAAUUCAAAAAGUCAGAGUCAUUUUUAUAGCUUUGAAGCGAUUAUUAUUUAUUAUAGUAAGCCCUUCCCAAGGACGCCACGAAUGCUACGGCUUAUUCACCAUUCAUUUCGUGUCGCUGUGUCUAGUCCCCAUUGUUUUUGGCACAGGACCUCGCUAUUUAAUACACCUGCUGGAACUGCCACUUACUAUCAUUUAUUUAGCUUUAGCUUUCUGAAAUAAUUCUAUAUAAUCUUUCAAAUGGGUUUGACUUAUUAGGUAUAUAUAUAUGAAUGAAUGUAGAAAGGAGCCGUGGCAAUAGCGGGGUAGAUCCUUGAGAAGGAUGAGUUAGAUACUUUGUUUUGGAGAAACGGUGUGUUUAUUAUAAUUUUACCGGAAAGCUUAUUUUUUUUUUUUGAAUAGCAUCAAUGAAAAAGAUAUGCUUACGCACAUUGUUAUAACUAAUGUCUGUUAAACAAAGGAAGUAAUAUGUAAUGAUAAAAUAUAUAUUCAUUGUACCAAAAUUGAUAAAUGUAAAGUUAAAGAUUAUAAAAUUACAUAUGACUAAAGUAUAACUAUGUAACUAUGUAAUAACAUACAAUAUCCCUAUGAAAACAGAACUAUUCAGAGAAUUAUUGAAAGUGUAAAAUGCAUACUUAUAAAUAAAAUAUAAUAAACAAACCAA